GUCUUUGUCUCCACGGCCACCUUGCAUAUAUAAAUACAAUUCUCUCCCAGAUUUUAAAGAAAAGGCAGUACUUUUGCAUUUUCAUAAGCUUCUAGUUACUUGAUCUUGCUCUCGUUAAGAGAAUGACAAAUAAUGAGAGGAAAUCCUGCUUUUUUUCCAAAGAGCUUAAAAACUCCCCUUGGAAAUUACUAACAGACCCUAGGGGGGAACCUCCGUAGGUUAAGAACCACUGAGUCAGGGGAUUACUUUGUAGUAGUGUUUAUGUGCUUUCCAGAUCUAAUAUAAUGAAAUGCCUGGUGGGCAGUUAGGAACAGGCAAGCCAUUCACUAGGGGCACUAUGAAGCUUUUCCUAUAUCUGAGUUAGCUUUCACUCUCUAGUCUGUUCAGCUUGCAAUGUGUUAAAUCUUUCCUUUCCAGCUUAAUUUCUCAGGUUAGGUUAGCUUAAUUUCUUAAGUUAGGUUAGUCAGUUCAGCUUGCAGCUGAACAGAUUAACCUAACCUAACCUAACCUAACUUAACUGGGUAUAUAAUAGGCAUACAUACAAGAUAUAGGUACUGUAAGUGCAUGUCACAAUGACUUCCUUGUUACGAAGAGGAUUGCUUUACUCCUGUGUGACCUCCAACUGCAGGAGUGUCAGAACCCUCAUCAUGCCAACACUUCAGGAGAAGACAGAGGACGUGCUGCAGGAGGUGAAGAGUGUUGUGAGGCAUGAUGAGCACCAGUAUCUGGAUUUGAUUCGAACCAUCCUGAGGACAGGCAACAAGAAGGGGGACCGGACUGGCACAGGCACAGUUUCCUUGUUUGGGGCACAGAUGAGGUUUUCACUCCGAGAUGAUGUGUUCCCUCUGCUGACCACCAAGAGAGUGUUCUGGCGUGGUGUGGCGGAGGAGCUGUUGUGGUUCAUCCGUGGCUCCACCAGUGCCAAGGAGCUGCAGGAGAGAGACGUUCACAUCUGGGACGGCAACUCAUCAAGGGAGUUCCUGGACAAGAUGGGCUUCACAGACCGGAAGGAGGGUGACCUGGGGCCCGUGUAUGGGUUCCAGUGGCGGCACUUUGGGGCACCUUACUCAGACAUGAAGGCAGAUUACACUGGUCAGGGAGUAGAUCAGCUACAGAAUGUAAUUGACACCAUAAGGAACAACCCCAAUGACAGGCGCAUCAUUAUGUGUGCCUGGAAUGUGGCGGAUAUUGACAAGAUGGCCUUGCCACCCUGCCACUGCCUUUGUCAGUUCUACGUUGCCAAUGGGGAGUUGUCAUGCCAGUUGUACCAGAGAUCUGCUGACAUGGGACUUGGUGUUCCUUUCAAUAUAGCCAGCUAUGCCUUGCUCACUUACAUGAUUGCUCACAUCACUGAUUUGAAGCCCGGCGACUUUGUGCACACUCUAGGUGAUGCACACGUGUACAGCAACCACUGUGAGGCCCUGAAAGAGCAGAUCAAGAGAGAGCCCAAGCCUUUCCCCAAGUUGAGGAUCAAGAGGAAAAUUACAUCCAUUGAUGACUUCAAGAUGGAGGACUUUGAGCUUGAUGGAUACAAGCCUCACCCCAAGAUCAAAAUGGACAUGGCUGUGUGAUGGGUGUCUGCCGUUCAGGCUGAGGCUCGGUGGUGUGUUGCUGUCUUUCAUUAUUCCUGUCAACAUAGUACUUUUGAGACCGAUUCAUAUUUUGUCCGUGUAUAAGAAGAAAAGAGAUAAUCAUAUAUUAGUGUGUGCACUCGCAUACCUUUUUGCUUGCUUAAUAGUCAGUUUAGGCCAGGGACUUAGUGUAAGUGUUCUAUUUUUCCAGCCUUCAAAUGCCUCCUAUGAAUAACUAGUGAAGAUAACCUGCUACUUGAAAGGUUAUGCAUGAUGACAAGAUGUUUGUUGCUUGUGUCCCUGCAGGCAGAGGGUCUGCUGCUACAAGCUCAAAAGCUGAGGAGCCAUUAUCUGUGCAGACACUACACAGUAUGUGAUCAUCACCCAUACUUAUAAUGUGGCAGGCUUCUGAUGUUGAUCAAAUGGAACUUCUUAUUUUUAAGGUCAGAAA